AUGGAUGAGCGCGCCAAAAUCCCCGUGACGCUCCCACGCGACAACCCAACCCAGAGCUACUGGCAAGACCCUCCCGACGACAUCGCCGACCUGAGGACGACCCCCAACCUGCCCGGGAGGGCAGACGUCCUCAUCAUCGGGAGCGGCAUCACCGGCGCCACCGUCGCAUGGAACCUGCUGCAGGAUGGCAGUGGCGGUGGUAUGAGCGGCAUUAGUAGCACGCCCCCUAGCAUCGUCAUGCUCGAGGCGCGCCAGGCCUGCUCCGGCGCGACGGGGCGAAAUGGCGGCCACACAAAGGCGGCCAGCUACCGGUCCUUCCUCGCAAACGCCGACGCCCUGGGCACCCCCGCCGCCGCGAGGAUCGCGCGCCUCGAGCUCGCCAACAUCGACGCCGUGCACUCCUUCGCCAGGGAGCACGCCAUCCCGUGCGACUCCAACCCCUGCCGGACCGUGGACAUCAUCUACGACCAGCCGCACUGGCGCGAGGCCCAGGCCGUCGCGGCGAUGCGCGCCGCCCUCGGGCCGGACGACCCCGCGGCCGAGUAUGCCUUCCACGACAGGGAGGAGGCGAAGGCGCGGUUCUACUGCGCGGGCGCGGACCCGGAGCCCGUCGGGGCGGUCAGCUACGCCGCGGGGAGCAUCUCGGGUUACGGGUUCGGAGUGGGCGUCCUGAAGCUGGCCCUGAAGAGGGGCCUGAACCUUCAGACGAACACGCCGGCCGUGAGCCUGGGCCGGUGCCCCGACGGCAGCGGGAGGUGGGAGGUCGGUACGCCACGCGGGAAGAUCAUCGCCGACAAGGUCGUCCUCGCCACGAAUGGAUACUCGGCUCACCUGUGGAAGGCGUUUCAGGGAGCCAUCGUCCCGUUGCGCGGACAGGUCACCGCCCACCGUCCCGGGAGCAACAUGCCUGGCGACGGGCUGCCUACGACGUACUCGUUCAUCUACGAGAACGGGUACGAGUACAUGGUCCCUCGGCCGCCCGGGUCCAAACACGCAGGCGACAUCGUGAUUGGCGGCGGGCUGGUCAAGGCCCCUCACGAGGGCCUGUUCGAGUACGGCACUACGGACGACACCACAAUUAACGAGGACAUCAGCGCGCACCUGCGCGACACCACGGCGCGGUGCUUCGGGCGGAACUGGGGCGAGGACCACCCCGACGGGAGGAUCAGGAGGGAGUGGACGGGGAUCAUGGGAUACAGCCCAGACGGGUUCCCAUUCGUGGGCGAGGUGCCCCGGUCGAGCGGCCUGUGGGCGAGCUGCAGCUUCCAGGGGCACGGCAUGGUGCUCUGCUGGAUGUGCGCGCGCGCGAUGGUGCAGAUGAUGCGUGGCGACGAAGAUCUGGACGGGUGGUUCCCGCGCGAAUUCGUGAUCUCCGAGGAGAGGCUUGCGAAGCGAUUCCGAGGCCGGUUACAUACCUCUGCAGAACCCGUGCAAGACCACCGGCGGGCAUGA